UCUAGGGGUUAAUGAGCGCGCCUCGCCUCUUUUCACCAGACUGUGAACGGAUGUAACUUUAAAAAUGACACUCAUCUCAGCGAGCGAUAAACGCCUCAGACUGACUUGCUGAAUGAAACAUGAAGGACCGCACGCAGGAGCUCAGACAUGGAAAAGACCCGGAAGAGGAGGAUGAGGUUGCUGUCGGCAUUGAAAAGGGUUUCAUGGACGAGUUCUUUGAGCAGGUAGAGGAGAUUCGAGGGUUCAUUGGCUCUCUGACAGAGAAAGUAGAAGAAGUGAAAAGAAACCACAGCACCAUCCUGGCCUCUCCAAACCCUGAUGAGAAAACGAAAGCAGAGUUGGAGGAGUUGAUGACAGAUAUCAAGAACUUGGCUAAUAAAGUGCGCUCCAAGUUAAAGAACAUCCAGCGGACCAUAGAGCAGGAGGAGGCAUUAAACAGUGAACACCCUUCAGCUGAUCUGAGGAUACGGAAAACACAGCACUCCACCUUGUCACGUAAAUUUGUGGAGGUGAUGUCUGAAUAUAAUGCAACACAAUCAGAUUACAGGGAACGCUGUAAAAGACGGAUACAGAGACAGCUGGAGAUUACGGGAAGAAAUACAACAAAUGAGGAGUUGGAGAGUGUGUUAGAAAGUGACAACCCCAUCUUCACUUCAGGGAUCAUCAUGGACUGCAACAUCACUGAACAGGCCAUGAAUGAGAUUGAGACGCGACACAGUGAAAUCAUCAAAUUGGAGAACAACAUCCGUGAGCUGCAUGAUAUGUUUACGGAUAUGGCCAUGCUGGUAGAAAGCCAGGGAGAGAUGGUAGACCGUAUAGAGUUUAAUGUGGAGUGUACAGUGGAUUACAUUAAGGACGCAGUGCGAGACACCACAAAGGCUGUAAAGUACCAGAGUAAUACGCGAAGGGUGAGUGAAAGAUAUGUCAGUGCCUGCCAUCCGUCCUGCAUGAGCGUUUGCACAUCCCUCUCACUUCCGGCCUUUUUCCAUUCCCACUCCUUAUACUGUUAUGAGAAGCUUUGUCUGUGUGCUGUCAACAUUAUUCUAAUGCCGAUUUCUCAAUCAUUGAGGUGUCUCACAGAUGUUUGUUUAUCAGUCAGUAAGCUGUUAUUCCAUUAAUACAUUUAAAAAGCUUUACAAAUGCACAAGAAUAAACCAAGUAUAAAAGUUUCUUCUAUGUUCUCUGGCCACCUCUCACACACAAAAAGACAGUCCGACAUGAAAAUCAACCAACCACAGAUUAUCAUGACAUGCAGGGGAAAAUGAAUGAAGGUUGAGCUGAAGAUAAUGUUCCUUCAUUCAAACACAUGAGCUAUGAGCUGAUGAAUUGGAGCGACCAAAGGGACCAGAUCAGUGAGGUUGUUGGACAGGAGCUGAUGAUCCACCAUGUCAGAAGCAGAGGACAGGUCCUGUAGUGAAUGAUGUACAGCAAGAUGGUCUCAAGAUUUUCCACGUUUGAAGCCAUAUCUUCAAAAAUGCAGACCUAUCAUGUCUGAACUUGCUGAAAGAGCGUAAAGGUGCAGGAUUUUCAGUUACUGUUAGUAAACACAACAUUUAGACUAGGCCCCUCCUUCUGGGGUGGGCUCAACUCUGCCAGAAGCCACGCCCCUUGUAUCUGACAUCAUAUCAGUUGCCAGAUCACACACUGCCCAACCAACAGCAGCAUCACUCAAGAACGGAAACUACCUGCGGCACGAUGAGUGAUGAACUAUUUUUUCACAUAUUGUGAUUAUGCAUAAAUGGCAUUAUUUUCUGUGUAUAUGAAGGAACAGUUAAUGCCUGUCACACCAAGAAUGAUACGAUAACUAUAACGAUAACUAUAUUAGCGUCCACACCAACGAACGAUAACGGUCUGUUUAUUGUAAGCUCACGCGCUGCUUUUUCAAAGUGUUUACAACUUGUUUUUGCUGUUCUUGUUGUAUUUACAACAAGCUUUAACCAGCAGAUGUCCUCAGCAUGCUGUGUUUUGAGUGAAUAGCUAGUGUAAGCGAUAUAAUCUAACAGUGAAUUUAGCUGACGAAGUCAAUAUAGUGGAAUUAAAACAACACCUAGUCUUUUUCACUGCAGCUUCAAAGGAAGCAAGAUAAUGUUGUCAAAACUAGCGCUGGAUACCUAAGAUAAUUUUAUGUUACACUGUUUGCUAGCCUGGCAUAAUGAUCUCAUUGUUAAUGAGAUCAUCAUCGUUCUGACAGGUACCGAUUGUUUUCCAUAUAUCCAUUUUCUUUAAAGUAUCCUUGAAAAGAGGGUUUGACUUGUCAACAGUAGUGGAUUUUUCUGGACCUCGCCGAUUAACUUCUCCGCAAUGUCGUCUGCCAUUUUAAAUGCACAAGCCUUUCGAUUAGAAUGGAUCUUGAUUGGCUAUCAGUGUUUUAUCGUUCAACAGCUGGAAAAAAAUCAUUCUGAAAGUGAUCCCAAUGAUAUUGUUUCUCUGUAUUAUUAUCGUUAUAUCUGUGGUGUGGACAGUGCUAUUCUUUUAUAGUUAGAACGAUUUUUAGAACUAUAUCUUUAUCGUUACCUUUAUAGUUAUCGUUCUUGGUGUGAAUGGUCCUUUAAGCUAAUAAUUUGAUGACUGGCUGUAAUUUGCGAGCAAGUUUAGCCAGUUUCUGUCUAGCUCACUAAUAAAUCCACAGAGUUCUGCUCAACUUCCGCUCACAUAUUUGAAGGCUGCUUUUGGAUCAUUGAGGGUAAACGUCAUAUUAUGUGACCACGCACUACGUUCUGCCUAAAGAACAAAUGGUGCAACCAAAUAAAGUACAGAGUUACAAACUAGCUAGUAGUUACUAAGCCUCUAUUGUGGAUUUUACGUUCCAAUUAAAGCAAGAACUUAUGAAGGGCUGGAGCAGCCUUACCCUGGGUUCUCCAACAUCCUUAAAGGAUUAGUUCACUUUCAAAUGAAAAUUACCCCAAGCUUUACUCACCCUCAAGCCAUCCUAGGUGUAUAUGACUUUCUUCUUUCUGAUGAACACAAUCGGAGAUAUAUUAAUAUAUAUCCUGACGCAUCAGAGCUUUAUAAUGACAGUGAACGGGAUGCGUUUGUGUGAGAAAAAUAUCCAUAUUUAACAAGUUAUAAAGCAAAAGGUAACACUUUAUUUUAGGGUGUUUUAACUAGUUGCUUAUUAGCAUCCUUAUUACUUGAAUAUUGGCUAUGUAUUACUGUUUAUAAGCACAUAUUAAUGCCAUAUUCUACAUGACCUUAUUCUACAUUUUCAAUCCUACCCAAUACCUAAACUUAAUAAUAACUACCUUACUAUCUAUUAAUAAGCAGUAAAUUAGGAGUUUAUUGAGGGAAAAUCGUAGUUAAUAGAUUAUAUGUGUUCUGUAUACUAAAGUUUUACCAAAUAAAAUAACUAGCUUUUGCCAGACCGCCUUCCGUAUUCAACUUACGAAAAAAGUGUAACUGACCUUGCGUAGGAUGUAGAGUAAGCGUUUUGAACUGUGAGAGUUUUACACUUUCUUUGUAAGAUGAAUACGGAAGGCGGUCUGGCAAAAGCUAGUUAUUUUACUUCAUAGCUUGUCAAAUAUGGAUUUUUUUUUUUUUUUUUACACAAACACAUCGCUUCGCUUCAGAAGGCCUUUAUUAACCCCCCGGAGCCAUGUGGAUUACACAUUUAUGAUGGAUGGAUGUGGAUGGAGACACUUUCUUCAGCUCAUAAUCGUUGUUUCCUAUUCACUGCCAUUAUAAAUCUUGGAUGCGUCAGGAUAUUUAUUAAUAUAACUCGAAUUGUGUUUGUCAGAAAGAAGAAAGUCAUGUACACCUAUCAAUCUGGGAUGAGAUUCAACCUGGAUUUUCUGCUAGGAAGAAGAAAAAUCCAGCCAUCAAGAACACCCUGUAGCUUUUGAUUAAGGACCAAGUGACGUCCUACUGGAUGCAGUACCAGCGGUUCACCAGUCCCAGUACUUGUGUGUGUUUAAUGUGAAUGGAAAAGAGCAUCCUUCCAUCUCAUCUUCUGUUCCACUGUAGAAGGAAAGGGCUUUGAACAUCAUGAGGGGGAGUAAUUGAUGAUCAAAGUUUCAUUUCUGGGUGAACUAAACCUGAAUGGUAAAUGGUAGGGGUGUGACAGGAUCUCGCGAGAUCAAAAGGUAAAAAGCUGAGGCUCGUUGAGGUAAAAAGCUGUCUCGCGAUAUUGCCAUGACGGAGUGUGAGGGUGAAAUUGGGAUAGAAUAUGCCACCGCUAUGUUUACAUUGCGCCUCCACUGUUGUUUUGCUUGUUGUAGAAAUAAAAACCAUUUAAUUCAGUUGGAUAACGGUCACUUCGGUCCCAUCCAGUUCAUCCAACACGAGAUGUAGUCGUAUAUGUAGUGCAGCAGAAAUCAGAGUUCACCGAUCAUGUGAUGAGAUGACUGACAAGACCAUGGCGGAGGAUUCGAUCCACAACAGAGCCUAAGCGUCUAAUAAAUGUCUAAUCUUGUAGAACUCGCGCUCAGCACCGCCGCUCCCUGUUCAUAGAGUAGCCUACACGCGAGCGCACAUUAAAAUGUGAUUUCAACACCCUGCAUUUUGAAAUCGGCUUCUUGAUGCAUGCGAAUAUCUCCCAUUAUGAAAGCUAUCUUAGGCUGGGCUGUGUAGUUGUAACCAUCUCUCAGCUCUCUAUCAUGAUUAAAGAAUAAAUAUGGUCUCUUUGAAUAUUGAGAGAGUACUUUGAUUAUGGUUGCACUUAUUGUUUGCACUUAAUAAGACUAAGAGAAAACUGUAUUAUUCAUUUUUAUUUAUACUGUUAUUAUUUCUAAAAUCAAUUUGUGGAAAGGAGUUCAGUUAGGAGGUCAAAGGUUGUAGAAGCUCAUAAAUCAUGUACAGUAAGGUCUAAAGAGACUCAUAUGAAAUCAUACAGGAGAGAAGCCAGUCAGUUGAGUUUGUGGCAAAACCUUUUACAGUGCUUGAGUAUUGUUGUCUUUUACUGCAUAUGAUAACUCAUACUCAGAAAGUAGAACUGAAAUGACAUUCAUUAGAAGAUGAUAAGUUAAAACAUUUCAAAUGAACCUGCAGACUAUUUUUCUAGUCAUGUAUUUCAUCAUUGAGGAUUUCUUAAAAAUACUGUGUAAAAAUCUUGUCUCAUUCUUGUGAACUUAAUCUCGUGUCUCAUCUCGUGAGCUAACUGUCUCGUUACACCCCUAGUAAGUGGUUGUUAAGGUUUGUAAUCCUUUCAGCACUAAGAUAUCACAAAGUGAUGGGCUAAAGUGAAGAUCUCUGAUCUUUCUAUCCAUGUCCUCCACAGAAGUUGAUCCUGAUAGGCGGCUGUGUGUCCGUCUGCCUUCUCAUCCUCAUCAUCUCUCUAGCCAUUGGAUUGAGCUAACCAAGACACUUCACCUGUAUAGUGCUCAGACAUUAUUGACAGGCAGGAACUCAGGACCAUCUGUUUUUAUCUUCUCUUAUUUGUGAUAUAGCCAAUAGAUUCAGGGGAUUUUGUUAAAAACAAAGACACAGACAUGCUGGGAAAUUACGUACAGACUGAGUGUGUAAUAAGAUGAAAAAAGCUGGACUUUGAGAUGGGAUACGGUGUACAGUGCCUAGAAAAAGUAUUCACUUUCUGGAAAUUUGUCAUCAUUUAUUAGAGUAAUUAUAGCCAUAUCAAUCACUUGCAGUGAUUCUGUGUGGAUGCUAUAGCUCUCUUUAUUGUUGCACAUCUGCCCACUGCUAUUGUCUUAAAGGUUUAGUUCACCCAAAAAUGAAAAUAAUGUCAUUUAUUACUCACCCUCAUGUCGCUCUACACCCGUAACUAAUAAUGGGUCGAUUUCAAAACACUGCUUCAUGAAGCUUCAGAGCUUUAUGAAUCUUUUGUUUCGAAUUAGUGAUUCGGAUCUCCUAUCAAACGGCUAAAUUGCUGAAAUCACGUGACUUUGGUGCUCCGAUUCACUGAUUCGAUUCGUAAAGCUCUUAAGCAGUGUUUUGAAAUCAGCCCAUAUAGAUAUUACUGAAAAGUCAUUAUUUGGUUAUUAUUCUUGUCGCUUUAUAAUAUUAAGAUAGAACCACUAAACUCACAUGAACUGUUUCAAAUAUGUUUUUAUUACCUUUAUGGAUCUUGAGAGGUGCAGUAACAUUGCUGGCAAUUAUCUGUGUAGAACGACAUGAGGGUGAGUAUUAAAUGACAUUAUUUUCAUUUUUGGGUGAACUAACUCUUUAAUUGUUUGUAGAGCUCAAGCACAGUGAAUUGAAGAUCUGGUUUAUCAAAUAUGGCAGUUAGUCUGAAUUAGUCUCACAAAGUGCAGUUUUGGUCUCAUCGGAUCAGCUGCUUCAGAGUCUUCCACAUGCCUUCUGGAAAACCAGUUACCAUAUUAAAUUUUUUUGUUUACAGUCUCCCAUAAAGUGUCAGUAGGGGCUUUUGCACUGGAGGAACAUUUUCAUAGUUCCUAGAACUAUUGGCUGAAAUAUCCGCUUUUCGGCAUGUUUGCACCGCAGGAACUAGGAACGAUUUUAGUUCUAGGAACUCCUUUUUUUUGAGAAACUAAAUUAGCUCCUACUUCAGAGUAGGGUCUAAUGCUGCGUUCCAGACAGAUUGGAUUUGGGAUUUUUCCCACCUCCUUUUAGGAAAUAACAUCUGGAACGCCACUCAAAGUCGGACAUUUGGCAUGUGAACUCAGGGAACCUCAGCGAGACACGUAAUUUGACGUCACUUCAAAGAUUCCAAUGAUUCCAAUGAAUAUAAAAUUUAAAAACAAAGUUUCACCUUCAUCAGCUGUUUUCAAAGCGAUUGUAUGUUAUUUUUAUUCUAUUUUGCCAUAAUUGACAGAAAAACACGAUAUGCUGUCAUUGUGUCAGGGCGACAUCAUGUGGUCAACAUGUGUAUGAGUUACUGGAACUCACUGAGGUCUGGAGUGGGACAUUUAAUUUGGGAUAUUUCCACAUCCAACCUCGUCUGAUACACAGCAUAAACCAGCAUUAUAGGAACUAUCAGUGACAUAAAUGUACGUUGAUUGGCCAAACGCACACAAAACACCGACACCCAGCAUUUUUAAAAAGCCAUGUAAACAUAUUUACUUGACGAACAUGGAAAACAGAGUUAGCAGCAUUUACCUGCUGUCUGUGGGGUUGUGUUCUUUUCUCAGCUUAGAUGAUAUCUAACACUUCAAGUUAUCAUGGCGAUUUCGUCUCUUUAGCCCCUCUUUUUGCUCUUUCAAUCGCGUAAAUUAUGCGUUUACAUUCCAACUCCGUUACCACAAAACCCACGACACACAACAAACACAGCUCCGAUCUUGACUUCUCCAUCCUCUGGUUGUUGACAUUUGUAAAUACCAUGCUUAAAUGACACCGCUAUCGGUCGAUUCAGAGUUCCUAUUGCUGGUGCGAAUGCAACCAGGAAAAUGGCCUGAUGGAAAAUUGGUUCUCGGGAACUACCCCUUGUGUCUAGUUCCUAGAAUUUAGGCUACAUUCACACUACGAGCCUUAAUGCUCAAUCCUGAUUUUUGCUCAGAUCUGAUUUUUUUUUGUAUAGCUGUUCACAUUAUUGUUUUAAAUGUGGCGAAUAUCAGAUUUCCAGAUUUUUUACCACAAAAAUCCACUCAAUUAGUUCUCAAAACUAGUCCAAAACUAGCCCCAUCGCGUUCUGUGGGCUAUCCCGGUACAAAUCACUUUCCGGGGGUUAAAUAUCGCGGUUGAUUUAACACACGGAGUUGCAAAACAACCCGCGGCAACAGUGAAAAAGUAACCCAACUGCAGGAAAAUCACAGACUUAAGGUAAACACAGAGAGCAUUAAAGUAAGUGAUUACGAGUUUAUUUAUAGUGUGAUCUGCCGCGGAAACCAGCAAAAUUAUGAUACUUAUGAUACGAGCCCUCAUGUUUUGCUUGUAUUAUAGAGUUGUCGAGUUCUGACACAUCACUGUCCUUCUACUGACUUGAUAACGUUGGGUAUGUACAAUGGGUAACACUUUACAAUAAGGUUCAUUAGUUAAUCAUUAGUUAAUGUAUUAACUAACACAAACUAACCAUAAGCAAUACAUUUGUUACUCUAUCUACUAAUCUUCGUUAACGUUAGUUAAUGAAAACACAGCUGUUCAUUGUUUGUUCUUGUCAGUUCACAGUGCAUUAACUAAUAUUAACAAGAUUUUAAUAAUGUAUUAGUAAAUGUUGAAAUUAACAAAGAUUAAUAAAUGCUGUAGAAGUUCAUUAUUAGUUCAUGUUAACUAAUGUACUUAACUAAUGUUAACUAAUGAAUCCUUAUUGUAAAGUGUUACCAUAAAAUCUUUGAAGUGACUCCCAUGAGCGCAGAAUGGUAACGAAUGUUGAUCUUGAGUGACGUAAAAAUCGCAUGAAUUCCGAUAUGACUGUUCACACUGCGGUCGCAUUACAAAACUCUGACCUGUAUCGGAUUUAGUAUCACAUAUGUAAGUGGCUCAAAUCGGAAUUGAAAAGAUCAGAUUCCAUGUGGUUUGUACUGUCAUGGGGAAAACAGAUACAGGGGCUUUCGCACCGAAUAGUUCUAGGAACUCAGUUAUAGGAACUAGCCACUAGGAUAGUUCCUUGAGAACUAAUUUCUCCGCCGGGCCAUGUUCCUGGUUGCAUUCACACUGGCAAUAGUAAUUCUGAAGUGGUCGACAGCGGCAUCUUUAAGCGCGGCAUUUUCAAAUGCUAAAAACCGGUGGAUGGAGGAUGUCGUGAUCGGAGCUGUGUUUGUUGUGUGUUGUGGGUUUCCUGAUAACGGAGAUGGAAUGUAAACACAUAAUUACAUGACUGAAAGAACAAAAAGUGGGGCUAAGAGACGAAAUCUCCCAUGACAACUUUCAGUAUUACAUAUCAUCGAGGCGGAGAAAAGAACAACCACUGCAGACAACAGUUAAAUGCCGCUAUCGCUGUUUUCCAUGUUCGUGAAGUAAAUAUGUUUACAAAGCUUUUUAAAAAUGGCGGGUACCGGUGUUUGACAUGUAUUUGACCAAUCAACGUACACUCACGUCACUGAUAGUUCCUAUAGUGCUGGUUUAGACCCUACUCUGAACUAGGAGCUAAUUUAGUUCCCCCAAAAGGAGUUCCUAGAACUAAAAUCAUUCCUAGUUCCUGCAGUGCAAACACGCCAAAAUCCGGUUGCUUUCGCCAAAAGUUCUAGGAACUAUGAAAAGGUUCCUCCGGUGCGAAAGCCCCUUAUGAGUCACAUGUGGGCAAAAAAAAUCAGAUUUGGGCCACAUUUACCUGCAGUGUGAAUGUAGCCUUAGUUCGUAGAGCUAUGCGGUGUGAAAGCCCCUAGUGAGAAAAAAGUGUAAGUGCAAUAAAUGCAGAGUCUGUAUUGUUGGUAAUUUUGUUGGAAUGAAUAAAAUCUUUUCUUUUUUUUUUUUUUUUUUUUAAUUUUCAUUAAAACAAAGUUGCAUGUACAAAAUACAAUACCAUAGAAGGUAACACUUUAUUUUAGGAUCUUUUAACUAGUUGCAUAUUAGCAUGCAUAUUAGAAUAUUGGCUGUUUAUUAGUAAAUAUUAAGCACAUAUUAAUGCCUUAUUCUGCAUGACCUUAUUCUACAUUCUUAAUCCUACCCAAUACCUAAACUUAACAACUACCUUACUAACUAUUAAUAAGCAGUAAAUUAGGAGUUUAUUGAGGGAAAAGUCAUAGUUAAUAGUGAAUACAUGUUCCCUAUACUAAAGUGUUACCCAAUAGAAUAUAUACAAUUACAAUAGAAUAUAUAAUGAUUCGAUUUACAGCACCUUCAUAAAUUGAAAGACAUAAAAAGCAAAAAUACAACUAAUGCACUUACUUUAUUCAUCAUUUUGUAAAAGUGGAGUUAAAAUCUUGCUGAAUGUUUUGUAGAAAAGGUACAUCGCCAUCUUGUUCUGAGCAAAAUGUCUUUGAAAUGAAUGCACCUCAUGUCAUAAUUACGACUUCCCAACCCCUAAAUACAGACUUCCCAGGAACACACUGCAUGUUCUGCCUCAAUGCUUCCAGAUAGAGGUGCAUUUAUGCUGUGAUCAGUGGUUAUGUAAUAAAUAAUCAAUCGCUUGCUUUCCCCAGAGAUGUUUCUGGUGCUCCAUACAUACUACUGAGGGUGAAUACUUUUUAUAGGCACUAUUUAUCUCCCAACCUCUGUUUGUGUUGUGUUUUAUAUCACUGUGUCUGCUCAGCAUGCAUUAACUGUGUUGUGGUGUGUUUGUAAUCCAUUGGGAAAAAAGAGCUGGGAUGAUGGAUCAACAGUGUCACACACUUGCUACACUCCUUACAUUCAAAACAAUGCCAUUGUGGAGAGCAGCUGCUGCUUUCUCUUAGCACUUAAUUUCUAACGUUAGUCAACACAUAUUAUAACUGCAUUACAUCAGCAUAUAAGCUGUGUGAUGUCCCAUUAUCUGUAAAUUCAUCUACAACAUGUCAUAAAUGAAUGGAAAAACCCAAACAUCCUCAAACUGCUCUCCACGAAUCUUUAAAUAUGCAAUGAAAUGUCUGCCUGGGUCAUUACAGUAACUUUUCUUUUCUACUUUUCAUGCUGCCUGGAACACCAUUUUUUUUCUUGAACUUCCAAAUACAGAAGAAAAUCAUGAUUAUUAUCUGUUGUGUGCUGCUUGGAGUCGUAGUUGCUUUCAUCAUUGGUGGUGUGUUGGCCUGAAUGACACACAGACAGCAUGGACCGGAUAAUAAAGACACUGGUUCUGCAAUGUGUUAUGGCUGGAACACACUACAUGAUCUGAACCGAUUUUAAAACACUAGACAUCAUAUACUUGCACAAAAUGGUUGCAGAAGGAAAACUAGUGCAUCAUACAUUAAACGGCUGAGGAUCAUACACUAGCAGAUUCAGACUGUCAAGUCAUUCCAGACACAAACUCACACAGAAACACGAGGAGACGCAUGACAAAUGAAAACAAUACAUGUUCUAAAAUCUAAAAUCAUACACUACAGGAUUUUCUGUGAAAUCUCUCAACUCCGACUGCCCAAAAUCGGCAGGCCAACUAGCGUUACUCAUCGAAUCCAGGCUAAAGUCAAGUAGUGUAUUCCAGCCCUUUGCUCUGGCUUUUGUUGGUCAUUGAAGUCUUUUCAUAGUUGAAAACUUUUUUUAAUACAAAUUUAAAAGCACAGGUGCCCCUGAACAAAACUCAGUGUAUUACCUGUCACUGUGAUACUUUGAGGGCUUGUGAAGGAAACAUAUUCUCUCAAUCCACAAUGACAAACAGAAAGACAUCCAGUUAUCAUUAAUAAACCACUAGUCUUUGAAUUGCAAAGGAAGAUUUGUGUUUGUUUUAUUUUGUGAAAAAUAGCUUGUAAUUGUUGCAUUUUUCAAAAAAAAGUAUAACUCCAGUUCCCUAUCUUUGAUGUUGUGUCAAUGUAGUGACACUAGGGGUCGCACUUGAGAGCCCCAAACACCUCUGAUACUUCAGAAAAGGCCAAUGAGAUUUGGCGAGUGUAAUUUGCAUGCCCCUCCCCCGGACAUAUGGGCAUAAAAGGAGGGGGCUUGCACCACUCAUUCACAUUUUUUUAUUUAUUUUUAUAGAUGCCCUUUAAAUACACUGAAUUUUCUUAAAUGACCUUUAUCUGACUGAGUCUUUCUGUGCUCUAAAUCACUCACAAAUCUUUUGACAGUUCGAUGGUCUCUAUUCAGUUUUUGCAAAAUAUUAGUUGUUUUUAUGCAUUUUGCAAGACAUUACACAAUUUCAUGCUUUUCAUCUUCAGAAAGAUCUUUCUUCCUCCUCAUAUUGCAUGAGAACUGUGACUUGUUUAAUAAUGUGGAACAACCUCUUUGAGUAGGUCUUGCAUUUACCUAAGAAGACCUGACAAACUAGUCAGUGGAGAAAGGCAUUGUAAUAUACAUCAUACACCCGCUAUAUUGCUAAAUCUAUACAAUUUUUCAUAUCAACAGAAAAAUAUACUGGGAUAACCUGGCUUCUUUCGAGAUUCCCCUGCUCAUGCGUUGUCGUGAUUGGUUACAAGGUAGUUUGUGACGUCAGAAACACCAGCGAUUUCAAACUGCAUUCCAUAUGAAUAUGGAACAUGUAUGUGCUGAUUCCCUAACGGUAAUGAUAAGGGAUGUCCCGAUCCGAUCUCAAGGAUUGGUAUUAGGCCGAUUAAACAUUUUUUUUAACUGAUUGGUAAGACUGAUUGUUUAUUUCAAGUCAGCUGCAGGUGUCGUGCAGUAGGUGGCGCUGUGCACCUUCAGGUGGGUUUGCCAACCGCCAUUAAUUAAAAAGAAAAGAAGUUCAAAAGUGCGUGUGAUGCGCAAGAACCAAUGAGGUCUGUUCUAGCCUGUCACGUGUUCAAGCUUCCGAGUUUUUUCUUCUUUUUUUCAUUUUGUUGAAAUUAUUUCCCGGUUGGUAUGUCCAUGGCUGAAUCCAAAAUCGCCCCCUAUACCCUUAUUUACUAUUCCCUACAUUAGUUCACUAAUACAAUUCCCUUGAAGGAAUGAUUCAGCUGCGGACGCCAUCUUCUGGCAAGAUGUGGGAAUUCAUUCAGCGCGUGACUCUCACAGUGCAUUAUGGGUAUUCUCUAGUCAUAGAACGUACAUCAGUUGUACACUUGUUAUUGCGGUGCAUUGUGGGAUUGAAUGAGUGUACUCGAUAAUGUCCACUAAGGUUUCGGACACUUUUUUUGAGCCCGCUCUGAAGCAAGCACUGCAGAAGACUUCCUCCCGACAGUCAAAGCAGAGUUACACCACGAAAGUGCAGACUCGUAGGAAGACCGUGAGUGUUUAGGGUGCCAUUUGGGACAGGGCCAUUGUGUCCCUCCUGCCACAACACUAAACUACCUGCUGAAAUGGCCGGGAAACUGUCUCAGCUCCUCAGCACAAACCUGAAUGAGUGGAUGCACUUAUGACAUAAAGAUGUUGAUGUUCAUUUUAAAGACAAGUAACUUACAAAUCUCUGACCUUUUAUGAUUAAAAGUAGUCCUUUUUUUUUAUUUUUUUUUUUUUAUUUGUGUUAUCUUUCAAGGCAUUAUAAUAUUGAUAAUGUGAUGUAUAAUUAUGUAUUCAGGAUUUAUAACUAUAUAUUCAAAUGUAUCGCUAUAAAUUAAGUUUUAGGACUAUAUAUUCAGGAUGUACAAUUAAAAUUUCAGCAUCUAUAACUAGAUUGAUUCCAUAAUUUCUCUAAUAUGAAUUGAUAUUUUGUGAUGGUGCGUACAGUACUAAUGUUCAGUUUAUUGGCGAUGCCUCUUACACUCCAUCAGACACGAAUGACAUCUGAGGGAUCAAGCAAAAUUUGAAGUUGUAUAUUGCGGUUUUAUAUUUUAUUUAUUUCUUAAAUGCACUUUUUUUUUCUUUUAAAAGGGUGAAAUAAACUUUUGAAUCUUUAAUGUA